AUGAGGAUGUUCGGCUGUGGGUCUUUGGUCGGAGCGAUCCCAGCGCUGGGACCGGAGUCACAGGAGAUAGCCAGAUGCAGAAUGAAGUCUGUCGAGUCAAAAGGAUACAAGAUGAAUGCUGAAGUGAUGUGCAGCGAUCCACAGAAAUGUUUGUUCACCAAAGGAUGGGUUGAGCUCCCCAAAGUGGAGAUACCGAGAUCCAAAGAGCUAACUUGGAGCACUAUUACCGUUUUUCUGGCUGUGUCCUAUGGUCCCAAAAGGACACCAUUACCAAAAGGACUGAUAGAGCAGGACUUCAGACUUACAUUGAAGGCUGGGGCAAUGACAUGUCUUCUUCUUCUACUUCACCAGACAUGUCUGUGA